CAAAGAACAUCGUGUUGGCAGGUGUGAAGGUGUUGACGCUGCAUGACCCUAAGCAGUGUGAGACGUGGGACUUGGGCUCCAACUUCUUCCUCAGACAGGACGAUGUGCUGACUCAGAGGAACAGGGCUGUGGCGGUCCAUCCCAGGGUAGCGGAGUUGAACCCUUACGUCCACGUGGACACGUCCUCCUCCUCUCUCGACCUCUCCACUGACCUCUGCUUCCUCAAGAGGUACCAGUGUGUGAUCCUGACUGAGGCCAGGCUGAGUCUCCAGAAGAAAAUCAACGACUUCUGUCACUUCCAUCAGCCUCCAAUCAGGUUCAUUGGGUGUGACGCGUAUGGGAUCUGUGUGAGAGUGUUCUGUGACUUCGGGGCCCAGUUUGAGGUGUCGGACCCCACUGGAGAGGAAGCCAAGGAGAUGUUUAUCCAGAACAUCACACAGGGUAACCCAGGGGUGGUAACCUGUAUGGACAGCAGGACCCACGGCCUCCAGACUGGACAGAGUGUUCUCUUCAGAGAGGUCAACGGCAUGGACACACUCAACGGCACCGCGCGACAGGUCACAGUCCUCUCUCCCUACAGUUUCAGCGUAGGGGACACUUCCUGUCUGCAGCCCUAUGCACACGGAGGCUUCUUCCUGCUGGUCAAAACCCCCAGAACGUACAGCUUCGAGACGAUGGAGCAGCAGCUGUCUGAGCCUCAGGUCCUGACUCCCGACUUCAGCAAACCAGAGGCCCCGCUGCAGAUACACGCCGCCAUGCUGGCUCUUGAUGCCUUCCAGGAGCAACACAACAGACUGCCCAAUAUUGGGUGCUGUCAGGAUGCGGAGGUUCUGGUCAAACUAACAGAGGAAGUCAACCACACCUUGACAAACGGAGCUCCAGUGAAUAGUGAGUUGGUGCGUUGUCUCUCCAGAACGGCGCAGGGUUCUCUCCCUCCAUUGGCUGCGGCGGUGGGGGGCAUAGCCAGUCAGGAGGUCCUCAAGGCCCUCACGGGGAAGUUUGCCCCACUACAGCAAUGGUUCUAUCUAGAUGCCAUAGAGGUAGUGAAACCACUACUGUCUCUAUCAGCAGAGGAGUUUAGCCCCAGGGGUGAUCGGUACGACGGACUGAGGGCCUGCAUCGGGGAGACCAUGUGUCUGGAACUCCACAAGCUGAGAGUCUUUAUGGUGGGCUGUGGAGCCAUUGGCUGUGAGAUGCUCAAGAACUUUGCCCUGCUGGGAGUGGGAUUGGCCAAGAGCUCAGGAGAGGUGUGUGUGACGGACCCAGACCUGAUAGAGAAGUCCAACCUCAACAGACAGUUCCUCUUCAGAUCUCAGCACAUACAGAAGCCUAAGAGCACCACAGCAGCUGUAGCGACCUUGGAGAUCAACCCAGAGAUGCAGGUAGACGCUCACCUCAACAAGGUGUGUCCUGCUACCGAGGGGGUCUACAACGACCUGUUCUACUCCCGCCUACACCUGGUUGUCACGGCGCUGGACAAUGUGGAGGCUCGCAGAUACGUCGACAGCCGCAGUGUAUCCAAUCAGAAGCCUCUUCUGGAUUCCGGUACCAUGGGAACCAAAGGACACACGGAGAUCAUCGUGCCCAACCUGACCGAGUCUUACAACAGCCAUAGGGACCCACCAGAAGAGGAGAUUCCGUUCUGCACCCUGAAGUCUUUCCCUGCUGUCAUAGAACACACCAUCCAAUGGGCACGGGACAAGUUUGAGAGUGCGUUUGCCCACAAGCCCACCAUCUAUAAUAUGUUCUGGCAGACCCACUCCUCUGCAGAAGCCGUGCUACAGAGGAUGCAGCAGAGGGAGACUCUGGAGGGGGCGUUCCAGGUUGUCAAGUUGCUGAGUCGACGGCCCAGCCAAUGGGAACACUGUAUCAUUCUGGCACGCCUCAAAUUCGACAAGUACUUCAAGAGAAAGGCUCUCCAGCUGCUACACUCCUUUCCUCUGGACACUCGGUUAAAGGACGGCAGUUUAUUCUGGCAGUCACCUAAACGACCCCCGUCUCCCAUAGAGUUUGACCUGAAGGACUCACUGUGAGUAGACCAACG